AUGAAAGUCAACUUCCACCUCAUCCAGCAACCUGACCGAGUGGAAUCCUUCUUCGUCCCCUCCAUCAACACCACCAUCAAGCGGGUGCGUGAGAGGAUCGCGGAGCAGUACGACGUCGAUGAAAACGCAUUCUACCUAUACUACCAGGACAACCAGCUCAACAACGAAAGCACACUCAGCAAGAGCGGGUUCGUCGAAAGCGGCGAUAUCGCCAUCGUUCCGAUCACAUAUAUCAAAGAAAACGACUACCAGAGCAACAACAAGGUCGCCCUCAAAUCGAACAAACCUCCACGCACACGCACAUCCACACCCACACCCACACCUUCACGGGCCUCGAGCGAAUUGAGCUCUGUGUUGGAAAAAAGACCGCCAUAUGCAAAGGACAAACAGGAUGACCCAGCUCGGUCUCACACGGACUCACGACGAAGCACAUCGCCCGCAAAAGGCAAACGCGAGGAGAAGCCGCCGCGUCCGCGUUCACCGCCGACAUAUCCACCACAAGCUCGCUUAUCAGCACGUCCUCCUCCGUCAGCAAGUAUCGACAUGCGAUUUGCAGGGCCUAUUCCAGGAAUUCCUGUUGGAUCGACUUGGCCAAUGCGAAUCGAUGCUUCUCGUGCUGGAGUUCACAGACCGGCCAUGGCAGGAAUCUCAGGACAAGCGGGAGUGGGUGCGGAAUCGGUGGUACUUUCAAGAGGAUAUAUGGACGACGACGACAAGGGAUAUGAAUUCACCUACACGGGGGCCGGAGGAAAUACGGGCGGUAAACAGACUUCCCAUCAGGAGUUGACCCGUGCGAAUCAUGGACUGGCUAUGACCUGCGACUGUCCCAUCGACACUAUUAAAGGGGGAGAAGCAUUGGACUGGCACAGAAGCCAUCCUAUCCGUGUUAUCCGCGGAUACCAAUUGUUGAACAUGUAUUCUCCCAAAUCUGGCUAUCGCUAUGAUGGCAUCUAUAAAGUCGUCAAGUACUGGCCGGAGAAGGGGAAAGCGGGAUUCACGGUUUGGCGAUAUCUUAUGCGACGAGAUGACCUGGAGCCAGCUCCAUGGGAGACCCAGGAUUUGAUAAUUGCGCCCUCAAUCGAUGUGAGUGCCGCCACUGAGGAACCUUCGGCUUGCCCCGAUGACGAGGAAGCAAUCGUGGAGACAAUCCUUGCUAUCGGAAACGCCUCUCGGACCGUCAACCUUACCCCCGCAGAAUAUCGCCAUCUUUACCCUUUGAAUAACGUUCCCAACAACCAAGGACCAAACAAUGAGAAUCAAUAUCAAGGCCAGGCUGAACCCAGCUUGAGCAGCCCAAAGGAACCAAAGGGCAUCGAUAAGGAGGUGGAUGAUUCGGUGUACCAGCUUAUGUGUGUACCUAAAGCAUCAGAUGGAGAGCAUGAUGGACAUAUCGGUCGGACUGGCCUGCUGCGUGAUGAUGAUAUUGUUGUUGACGAAGAUGCUGGUAUUGGCGAUGCAGCGGAUAUUGGUGUCGAUGGUCCUGACAAGGCGGGUGAGAAGACCAAGAAGAGUGCACCAGCUCCUUAG